AUGCCACACGAGUUUUCAGAGAAAAGAGUCGAGAUGAGAGCACUUCUGCUGUUUCUUUUGGCAGCGCUGGGCUGCAGUCUGACUGAAGGAAGACUUGUGUCCAAAUGUGAACUGAGGGAUGAACUGACAAGUGUGAUUGGUGACCUGCCGGAGCAGGCGAAGCGGAAGGGGCUGACGGUGGAGAACUUAGUGGCCAAGAUCGUCUGUCACGCUGAGGUGGCAUCGGGUUUUAACACCAGCGCGGUCAACCAGCUGACCUCCGAGUCGGGAGAACAUCACAGCGGGGAGAACAGUAGGGAGAGGAACAUCCGGGACAAACGGCACGCCAGGCGGACUCAGUCCAACACCGGGACUCCACAUGACGACGAUGCGGUCUGGACCCUCUAUGGGCUUUUCCAGCUCAGCAAUCAUCUGGUCUGCAGCGACGGCACAAAUCCGUCGCCCAACAUCUGUGACAUGGACUGCAACGACUUGCUUGAUGACGACAUACAUGACGACAUGAACUGCCUGUUGCAGAUCUUCACCAAUCUUGUUGACAACGGUUUUGGAGCAGCACACUGGGAGGAGUUAAAGAAAAUGAUCAGGCUCAUCUACCAGAGAGGCUGCAGAGACAAAAAUGCCUCUGAGUACUUCGCUGAAUGCUUGUAAUCUAAAUUCACUUCCUGCCAUAGCUGGAGGGAUUAAUCUUCUCCCAAAUGAGAGGCCAGUGACUUAUGACAAUAAUAAAUUGAAGCAUGUUGCA